AUGUCAGCAUCCCAGAUCAACCGUUCUUUAGCUACAGUGAGAACUGAAUUAGACUUCUUACGGGAAUCUAACGUCAUAAGCCAAGAAAUUUACGAUAUGGUCAACCAAAGCUUACCUCAAAAUGCCAGCAACAAGGGCGGUGAAUAUAUGGAAGCCCUGUACCAAUUUGACCCUCAACAGGAUGGAGAUUUGGCCUUGAGUCCAGGUGAUAAGAUUGAAGUUUUAGAGAAACCAUCUAAUGAAUGGUUCAAGGGUAGAUGUAAUGGUAGAGUAGGGAUGUUUCCAGCUAAUUACGUUAAGGCAGCAUAUUCUGGAUCAGAUCGCCCCAGUGUUCCUCCCCCACCACAGUACGAGCAGGCCCAGCGUACCAAUACCGGCCAGUCUAGUGGGUCCUACCAGCAGCCAUUCCCACCACCUUCUACCAAUUAUUACCAACAGCCUCCACAACAAUAUCAGCAGCCACAACAGCAACAGCCACAACAGGAGCAGCAGCAACAGCACCAUUCCCACAAUCAUUUGAAGAAAUUUGGUAGCAAAUUGGGUAACGCCGCUAUCUUUGGUGCCGGUGCCACGAUGGGUUCUGAUUUGGUUAACAGUAUCUUCUGA